AUGGAAAUGACUGAAACAAUUCAUAAUACUGCCAAUUUUAUACACACCAAUUCUGGUCAAUUGCUUGAACAAAUUGAUAACGAUGUAAAGAACAUUAAUAUCGCUAAAGAUCAAAGCAAUGCAAAUGAAAAUCGGUUGCUUGAAUCUCAAUUCAAAAAUAAAAACCUAUUCAGAAACUACGAUGGGGCCAGUGAAAGAGUAAAGAAUUUUUAUAAAGAGCAGCAUAGGAAGCAAACAGUUGCCUAUAAUUUGAAGGCAAGAUGGAGAUUUCAUUCCCAAUUGAGAGCGAGAAUGACAGUUUGGGACGCUUUAAUGAAAUUGAACACCUUGAUUGAUCAGUCAGAUCCAGAUACAGAGUUGUCACAGAUUGAUCAUGCUCUACAAACAGCUGAAGCUAUUAGAAAGGAUGGUAAGGCAAGAUGGAUGCAACUAGUGGGGUUGAUUCAUGACUUAGGCAAGUUGCUCUAUUUCUUUGAAGCAGAAGGCCAAUGGGAUGUUGUUGGUGAUACUUUCCCGGUUGGUUGUGCUUUCUCUGAAAAAUGUGUUUAUCCAGACACUUUCAAAGCCAACCCAGACAAUGAAAAUCCAACUUAUAAUACGAAGUACGGAAUAUAUCGACCGGGAAUUGGUUUGGAUAACGUGAUGUUGUGCUGGGGCCAUGAUGAAUACAUUUACAAGAUCUGUGUCAAACAAUCGACAAUUCCAAAAGAGGGUUUGGCAAUGUUGAGAUACCACUCUUGCUACCCAAUCCAUAGAGAGAAUGAGUAUCAGUAUUUGAUGAAUGAUCAUGACAAGAAAAUGUUGGAGGCCGUGAAGGCAUUUAAUCCUUACGAUUUAUACUCUAAGUCUGAUGAGGUUUAUGAAAUUGAUAACAUAACAGAAUAUUAUAAAGGCCUCAUUACUGAAUACUUUCCAAAAGAGAUUAUUGAAUGGUGA